AUGUUUUCCAGGUUACAAGCCGUGCGACACUACUCUGCGCCUCAAAUGAAAAAGUCUGGAUUCACCAUAGUUAAUGCACUCAAGUACGUGAAAGAAGUGGACGACUACCAAGAACAGCUAGGCAAAUCUGCAUCUGCCAACGUUCUAGCUACUACAUUAGUGGACCGGAUCCAGGACAAACCCGAACUUCUUUCGCUUUUGCUGCUUUUCCAUCAUGAGUUGGCCAAGUUAGGCAUCACUCCAACUUCUGCCCGAGACUUUUCCACCUUGCAAGUAUGGCGCUACCGGUCCAUGUACUUUUGGAAGUUGGCACGCAUCCACAACGUUUUCUGGGACCAGUGUCGUCUUUUGGACAUUGCUGAGCGAGCCCAUCGUUUGGGGUUUCUGCCUACAACAAUAGGCGUUUUGGAUCCCAUCAAUUUCACCCAAUAUUAUAGCGAGUUGCAGAGUGGCAUAUACAAGGGACUAGAUUUUCGCCACAUCGAGCUUAUGGGCCCCACACGGUUCCAGUUGGAAAAGGGUACCCAUUGA